GAUCUCGCGUUCGCUAUCACGUACCAAGAUGGCGGCGUCCAUGGCGCUGAACUUGGACAAUUUGCCUUCGGAUCCUUUGCUGCUUAUCUUAUCGUUUCUGGACUUCAGAGAUCUGGUCAGUUGCAGUCUUGUAAGUCGGCGCUUGAAUGAGCUGACUGGUCAUAAUCCUUUAUGGAAGGGGCUUUGCCAGAAGCACUGGCUUCUCACCGAAGCGGAUAAGGCUCAGAGAGGGCAGAGCUGGAAGGAGCUGUUCCGGGAGUUUUAUGCCGAUUUAGGUCGCUACAUUAAUCACUACACCACACUGAAGAAAGCCUGGGAUGACCUGAAGAGCUAUCUAGGGCAGAAAUGCCCCCGAAUGAUAGCCUCUCUCAAAGAGGGCGCAAAGGAGGAGGAACUGGACGCAAUUGAGGCUCAAAUUGGCUGCAAGCUCCCUAAUGAUUACCGCUGCUCCUAUAGGAUACACAAUGGACAGAAAUUGGUGGUUCCUGGGUUGAUGGGCAGUAUGGCCUUGUCCAAUCACUAUCGCUCAGAGGACCUGUUGGACAUCGAGACAGCAGCAGGGGGGUUCCAGCAGAGGAAGGGCAUGCGACAGUGUCUCCCUCUCACUUUCUGCUUCCACACAGGGCUGAGCCAGUACAUGGCCUUGGAGAGCACAGAGGGCCGCGUACGCAGUGAAAUUUUUUACCACUGCCCGGAUCAACUGGCACAAGAUCCAUCUGCUAUUGAUAUGUUCAUAACAGGGUCCAGCUUUACGGAAUGGUUUACCUCAUACGUCCAGAAUGUAGUCACAGGAGAGUAUCCCAUCAUUCGGGACCAGAUCUUCAGGUACGUCCACGAUAAGAAGUGUGUGGCCACUACUGGUGACAUCACCGUGUCAGUCUCCACCUCAUUUCUGCCCGAACUCAGCUCUGUCCAUCCACCGCAUUUCUUCUUCACCUACAGAAUCAGGAUUGAGAUGGCACGGUCAGCACUGCCUGAGAGUGCAUGCCAGCUGGACAGCCGUUACUGGAAAAUCACCAAUGCCAACGGAAACGUGGAGGAGGUUCGAGGGCCUGGCGUUGUAGGGGAAUUUCCAGUGAUGACCCCUGGUAAAGUGCACGAGUAUGCCAGCUGCACCACAUUCUCCACCACCUCAGAGUACAUGGAGGGCCAUUACACCUUCCACAGGCUUAAAAAUAAAGAGGAAGUCUUUGAUGUCUCUAUCCCACGAUUCCACAUGGUGUGCCCACCCUUCCGCGAAUCCAUAGUUCGCUCGAGCUCAGUUAGUGAGGUGUCUGUUGCUCCUUUCCAUGAUGACAACUCCUCAGAUACAGAUGACUACGAGGAGGGAGAGCUGCGGGGUAUGAACAUGGCCGACCCCGGGGGCCGCUGUCCUCGUCACAUCUGAUGCACUUGUUACUUUCCCUCUCUCUCGCACAUACAUCUUCGCACAUACAUCUUCACACAUACAUUCACACAUACACAAACAGCAGUGCAACGGGGAGCAGUGUUUUUUAGAAUUCCAUUGUUUAUUAUACAGAGGCUUUGUGUCUGUCCUCUCGUGAACCUUCAAACCCAUGUGUGCGUGUAUAUGUGAAUAACGUUCUGAGAGAGAAUGAGUGACAAUGCGACACUAUAGUCGCAGUGUUCACUCUCAAAAAAGCUUACGAGAAAAGACUUGCAAACACGCACACACACAGCACUCAGUAAGCUUUUGUUUUGUACACACUGCCUGCACUGUUGUCAGCUCUGAACUUUAUGCUCAACCAAAAACAAAGAGACUGACACUAGCUCUAGUAGCUAAUGGCAAAUACUCAGACCAGCGCCGCUCCCGAAAUAUAGUAUUCUUCAAAGGGCCCAUCAUGGAGUAAUGAUAUUUUCCUCACUUCUAUGAAUAAGAAUACAUUGGUGAAUGUCAGAAUCUUUGUAAAAACUGUGUGUGGGGUUUUAGACGAAAUUUCUUCUAAAGAAUGGCUGGUGAAUGAGGCCCGUUGUUUCAAAACAUAUCAUUCCCGUCUAUAUUUGGAAGCAGCAAAAACAGCCUAUUUUUAAAUUGCUGUUUUUGAUGUUUUUUUGAUGUCAUACAUAACAUUUACAUAUAUCCACCUGUUCAGCAUACAGCAGUUACUAAUAGUGUUACAACCUGGGAUUCUUUGUGAAUGAGGCGCAAUACAGGGCAGCCAAUCAUACCAGAGCUCAUUUACAUAUUCAUUUACAUGUCAUCAGUUUUAAGACACAGUAACAAAAACAACUUGUUUAAUGCUAAAUGCUAAAAUAGGUUGGAAAAUUAUUAGUUAAAAUGAAUUAUGGCUGCGUAUGGUAUAUAAAACCCUAAACGGACAUUUUGGGGGUGGGGGGUAUACAAGAAUGAUAUAGGAUAUGGGCCCUUUUAAGAAAAAAGAACUAUUAACUAUUAUUGGGCUGUACAAAUUACAAUGAAAUUAGUGUUUUUGUUUUCCCUUUCCUUUGUGGCUUAAUUUA